AUGGUGCGCUUGAUCACGCGUGCAGUCGGUGGGGUGGGAAAUAUCUUGGCAAUGGCGCCAUGGACAGAGACAUCUAAAUGGUUCACGCAGGAGGCCAAACCUGGUCGGGGGAUUUUCUCUGGCAGGCACCCUUCUCUUCUCUGGAAGCUGCUAUGUCGUGGCGCUGACGGAGGACAGGAGCUUUGGCAAGCUGGCGCCCAUUGGAGGCUUCCUCCUCAUGGGCGCAUGGAUAUCCCUGGCACUUUGAUGGACCAGGCUCCCACCCCCAGCAACAUUGCCAUCACCCUCAUGUAA